CGUCUGCUGUGUGGCCUUUGCCCUCAACCCUUCUGAGUCACAGUGAGGCCCACCGAGCUUGUUCAUUUUGAUCUGGACCGCACCCCGGACCUGCCGCCUCACUGGGGCAGGCGGGGCGGUUUUAACAAACUUUCCUGGCAUUCGUGCGCUCUAGGGUCUAAGGCAUAAAAACUGUUCCAGGGUCUCUACAGCCCCGCUGCCCUAGAUAUUCAUCUCCUGAAGUGUGCAGGUGGAACUAUCAUCAUCUGGACAGCCCCGUUCAUUCGUCUCUGUGGUUACUGAGCACCCACCAGUCCAACAACUGCAGACUGGCUUUACCGAAAUAUUCACCACAGCUUGAUGUGCCCAUAAACUAUUAGAGCUGGAAGGACCUUAGCGAAGGCAGCUAACAUGAUUGGGGCGUUUCCCAUGAUCAGGUCCUGUUCUAUACACUUGAUUUGUAGUGAAGCAUUAAUUCUUCACCACAGCCUUAUAGCUGUAGCAGGCCUUUCUUAACUGCAGCACAGCGAAAUUAAGACACUUGCCCCAGAUCAUGCAUAGGGAGAAUUCAAACCCAUAUGAGUUCACCUAGUGAUCAUGGAUCGUAGAUGAUGGUAGCAGAUUCCAGAAUGGCUACGUGACUAUUAAUUAUUGGGGAAGUAUUUAGUUUAAAACCUUUGUUGAUACGACUUUUGCACAUUAGUGUUCCUAAUUUUAAAUUCAGACCAUAUUUGGUGAUAUAUAUGGUAAGGUACACACACACACAUCUUUGCUAUAAGGUUUGGUACCUUCAAGAUAGUUUAUGCGCAGGCUACAUCUUUUUAUAAAUCCAUGGACGCUACUUAGAUGAAAUGUUUGGGAUUUAUAUACCAAUAUUCACAAAUUUAGACUCGUAAGAUCUGGAUUUGAAUCUUGACUGCUACUUUGGAGUUUGGUUUUUGCCUGGAAAAUGAAAAGAGAAAUACUCAUUUCCUCCUCUAGUGCCAAGUUUUGAAAUAAGGUGUACAAAAUUCUCAAAGAGUCCAUUCAUGAUCUAUGAACAGGCACAUUCUCUGAAGAUAAGAGUUCCAUUUUAUCCCUUUUUCUUGGAUUUUGGAUCAUUUGUUACAUAAUUAUAAGCAUGGAUCUUGAUGGCUCUGAACAAGAUCCUGAAAUGAAGGAAUAUUCUUCUGUCUGUGUUGGCAGAGAAGAUGACAUUAAAAAAUCCGAAAGAAUGACAGCUGUUGUCCAUGAUAGAGAAGUAGUCAUUUUCUACCACAAAGGAGAAUAUCAUGCUAUGGAUAUUCGCUGUUACCAUUCAGGAGGACCUUUACAUUUGGGAGAAAUAGAGGAUUUUGAUGGACGGCCGUGUAUAGUUUGUCCCUGGCAUAAAUACAAAAUUACUUUGGCAACAGGAGAAGGACUAUAUCAGUCUAUAAACCCUAAAGAUCCAUCAGCAAAACCCAAGUGGUGUUCCAAAGGAGUAAAGCAAAGGAUUCAUACAGUGACAGUGGACAAUGGGAAUAUUUACGUGACUCUUUCUAAUGAACCUUUUAAGUGUGACUCUGAUUUUUAUGCCACUGGAGACUUCAAAGUAAUUAAGAGUCCUUCCUGAUAAAAUUAUAUGGCAAUGAAAAGUGUUGUGUAUGUUUUGAAAAUAAUAAUAUAUUGUUUAAAUAAUACCUUGCUUAAAUACCAAAGAUGAUUAAUUUUUUCCAGCAUAGGCACAUUUAUUACUUAUCGUUAAAAAUCAUGUAAUCUGAGAGGUUCAAAAGCACAUGAACUGAGUAUGAUGUAAGGAUUAUCAUCAGGAUUUAUAGAAUACAUUUCAUCCAAUUUUCUGGAUUGAUUAGGACCUGAAGGUUAUAGAUCUGGUAUGUGCCUUUUAAGAAGGAUGAAAAUAAUUUGAAGUAACUAAAAUGAAGAAAAGGUAAAAAAUAACAUCUACUAAGAAAAAUUUGGGUGGAAAAAAACCUAUUUGUUGUAGCAGAUUUCAUCAUGGAAAAGUUUUAAUAUAUACAAAGGAAACAGAAUAGUAUAAUAAACUCCCAUCGCCCAACUUCA